AGCUCCGCCUCCCCCAAACCAAGUCAAAUCAAAUCUUCCCAUUCGCCGCGGUGGGUCACGAGGGUCCCCGCCUCCCACCGCACCCCAGCCGCCCUCCCGAAUCCUCCCUCGCUCGCGAGUCGCGACGACAGCGGCGGCGGCGCCGCCGAGGCUGACCGGCCGGUCCCCGAUGGCCCCCCGCGCGCCGCCGCGCCGGCGGCCCGCGCCCGCCGCCGCGGGCGGCGCGGGCUCGGGGGACUCCGCGCGCGUGCUGCUCGCGCUCGCCGUGCUCUACGGCGCCCUCUCGCUCCUCGCCUACCGCGCCAUCCACAUGCGCCACGUCGCGCCGCUGGGCGCCGACGCCCCGCCGGGGGACUUCGCCGAGGGCCGCGUGCUCCGCCACCUCCACCGCCUCGCCGUCGACAUCCCCGGCCGCCAGGAGGGGAGCCCGGGGCUGGAAGCCGCCGCGCAGUACAUCAUGGGGGAGCUGGAGGGCCUCGCCGCGCGCGCGGGCCCGGAGUACAGAAUAGAGGUCGAGGAAACACUUGUUAGUGGCUCUUUCAGCAUGAUGUUUCUACGUCAUAGAGUAACACUAGGCUACAGGAACCAUAAGAAUAUUGUCAUGAGGAUUUCAUCAAAUGUUUCAGAAGAUGACGAUCCAUCCUUGUUGGUGAAUGGACAUUUUGACAGUCCGCUCGGAUCUCCUGGUGCGGCAGACUGUGGUUCUUGUGUUGCAUCUAUGCUUGAGCUAUCACGACUCAUCAUUGACUCUGGGUGGGUACCUCCUCGACCGGUGAUUUUCCUUUUCAAUGGUGCAGAAGAACUUUUUCUUUUGGGCUCACAUGGUUUUAUUAAGACACAUACAUGGAACAGCUCAAUCAGUGCUUUCAUUAAUAUUGAAGCUUCUGGAAGUGGGGGUACAGAUUUAGUUUGCCAAUCUGGACCUGGAUCGUGGCCUUCUCGUGUUUAUGCUCAGUCUGCAAAGUAUCCUAUGGCCAAUAGCGUCGCUCAGGAUAUGUUUGGACUAAUUCCAGGUGAUACAGAUUAUAGGAUAUUUGCUGAAGACAUCACCAACAUUCCAGGACUCGAUAUUAUCUUUGUUCUGGGUGGUUAUUUCUAUCAUACCUCAUAUGAUACAUUGGAGAAUCUAUUUCCUGGAAGUAUUCAAGCACGUGGUGAAAAUUUAUUCCACCUAGUCAAGGCAUUCACAAAUUCUAUGUCGCUAAAAGAUAAUGAGACUUCAAAUAAAGCUGCUAAGGAUGGAAUUGAGGAUUCGCGAGCUGUCUUUUUUGAUUAUUUGACUUGGUUCAUGGUUUUUUAUUCUCGUGAUGUCUCUCUGAUUCUUCACAGUCUACCAAUAGCCAUUUUUCUUCUUGUACCACUGUUCCUGACGUUCCCGAACAUUACCUUGAUGUCAUGGUCUCUAUCUCUUUUAGAUUUAAUAAGAGGAAUGUUACUCCAUGCAUUUGGUGUCAUCCUUGCGAUAUUUAUCCCUGCUGGGGCUGCGGCAUUAAGAUUGUUGUUCACAAAAAAUGCAAUGAAUUGGUUUGCUCACCCUUAUUUGGCGUUCUUAAUGUUUGUCCCUGCUUCACUGGUUGGUCUAUUGCUGCCAAGGAAUAUAUGGGGGCUAUCGGAGCAAACACACUUUUGGGGAUCUUUUGGGUUGUAUUCUGUAAUAACUAUGGCCUACAUGCUAGCUGGGCUGAGCGGAGGUUUUCUAACAUUUUUCAUUUCCAUGUCAAUGCUUCUUGGGCGAUUUAUCUCUAGCAUCAUUAAGAGACAGUGGAACCAACAAUCACCAAAACAAAUAAUGUGCAGGUUGUUGGUUGCAUAUGUGGUGCCUAUGAUCCCAUGUCUCCUUUAUUGUACUUACUAUGGUGGAUUCCUUAUUCAGUUUCUGAUUGAAAAAAUGGGCAUGAUGGGAUCUCUUCCAAAACCAUAUGGGUUUUUUGUGCCUGAUAUUAUUGUUGGAGCCGCAGUUGGACUGGUGGUUGGUUGGUGUUUUGGUCCUCUAGCACCUAUUGCUACUCGUUGGUUAUCCAAGACCUCAAUUCUCCAGGGCCUGUUACAAAUUACAGUGGUUGCUUUGGCUAUCUCAUCCCAACUAUUUCCUUACAGCACUGGAGCACCAAAAAGAGUUGUUCUUCAACACACUUAUGUUACAGAUGCUAAUGAUGUUGUGGAUUCAAACUAUGGUUUCUCGGUGGUUGAUGCUAACUCGUUGGAGUUCCUUUUCAACAAUGCACCUGAGGCAGCCAAAUGGUUGAAGGAUAACUCAGAGUUGUCCUUUGAAGAAAAGUAUCGUUCUGAUAGAAGCUCCUGGGUGGCUCUGUAUCCUGUCCCUUUCUUGUUCUCUGGAAGUUUAGAGUUUCAGGCACAAACUGAUGAAAUUAGAAAGCACUACCACAAUUUUCCCCAGCUACAUAUUCAGAAGACCUGGAGUAACAAUGGGCAGCGAAGGGUGCAUCUCAAUCUCUCACUGGGUUCAUUAUCAGAGAUUUGGACUGCUGUGCUCAAUGUUACUGGGCCAUUAUCAAAUUGGUCCUUCGCUGAUAACAUGCUCCCAGCUCCUCAAACUGUAAGUGGCGGACCACCAUCAUAUAUUUGUCGACUCAGUGGAAAGAGCGAUGUGGAUUGGUCGUUCUGGUUGGAGGCCAACUCUUCAGAAAGUCUGAGAAUCGAUGUAGCAGUACUUGAUCAGUAUCUUGUUGAUAGCACAAAAAAGCUAAAGAGCCUCUUCCCAAGUUGGGCAGAUUUGACAGCCUUCACCACAUUUCUCUCAACAUAUUAUCUAUGAUGUCCUGUAUUUGAUUGAGCAAAUGUAAAUCUUUUAGGAGGAAAAAAAAUGGAAGUAUAGUACUAUGUUUUGGGGGUAUGUAGUUUUCUUACCGCUAGCUGGUCUCAUGCUUGAGUGUGGCGUGUUUGUAACAUCUUUGUAAUCUUAGCGUGCUAUAGUGAUUGCUCCCAAGGUCGUGGAAAUUCAUCGAUUGGAUAAACGAAAUUGUGUGCAA